AUGGAUGCGAAGACAUUAAAGACUCUUCAUCCUUUGGACUCAGAGAAGGAUUUAGAGCACACCACCAAACCCAGUAACUGCGUGGGGACAGAUUGCAGGGGGACGAAGACCAAAAGACCGGCCACCAUAAAUCGCCCAAAACCACCCAGAAAAAGGCAGCGAAGUGCCGGAGAACCCACUGAAACCAAGCGGACCAAAAGAACGGCCUGCACAGAAAGGGAGGUCCCCGAAAAGAAGCCGAGAGUCGGCAGAAACAAUGUCGACACCGGCGAACUCAUUGAGGUGCCAGUGGAGGGCCUGAUGGCCCACGGCACCAAGAGAAAGGCCGGCACUGAAAGGGAGGUCCCCGAAAAGAAGCCGAGAGUCGGCAGAAACAAUGUCGACACCGGCAAACUCAUUGAGGUGCCAGUGGAGGGCCUGAUGGCCCACGGCACCAAGAGAAAGGCCGGCACUGAAAGGGAGGUCCCCGAAAAGAAGCCGAGAGUCGGCAGAAACAAUGUCGACACCGGCGAACUCAUUGAGGUGCCAGUGGAGGGCCUGAUGGCCCACGGCACCAAGAGAAAGGCCGGCACUGAAAGUGCAACACCCGGUAAGAAGAAGAGGGGUGGGACCACCAACUCCAACACCAGUGAACCCACCAAGGUGUCAGUGGAGAGCGCCAGAGAGUCAGAGAAGAAGAAGGUCGGUGCUGAGCGGCCGCCAGAGACAGAGACUCCCAGGAGGACGAGGAAGGGGGUCGACUGUGACCUCUCCAAGAGCUCCAGCAGCCCUUCCACCUCCCAAGAGAACCAUGGGAGCAGGUCCACCUCAGUCAAGAUAUGCAAACUCAAGUUUGAGGACGCGUACCUGCAGCUUGAACAGCUCGGAGAAGGGAGCUUUGGAUCAGUGUAUGCUGGGGAAAGAAAAACUGAUAAUUUACCAGUAAGUAUUAGGAUCGUGGCCAUCAAACGCAUCCUCAAAGUUGAUGUGGAGAGUCGACUAAUGGUUUUCAAUGGGAGGACACAAAAGGUCCCCAUCGAGGCGCUCCUCAUGUUGAGAGCAGGAGGCGGACUGACGUCUGUGCGGAAAUGUGCCGCCGUGUCAUUAAUAGACUGGUACGAUCUGGACCAGGAGGUUCUCCUGAUCAUGGAGAGACCAGUUCCCUGUGUGGACCUGUUGACAUACCUGGAUAACAACAACGGUCCGCUGAGUGAAGACCAGGCCAAGGACAUCAUGAAGCAGCUGGUGGAAGCAGCCAUCCAAAUGCUCUCUGAUGAAGUCUUCCAUCGCGACAUUAAGACAGAAAAUGUCCUCAUUGAAACCGACUCCGAUGUCCCUCGAGUGCGAAUCAUAGAUUUCGGAUGUGGCUGCUUUGUGAGGAAGAGACCAUACUGCAACUACUCUGGAACCUCUGCGUACGCUCCUCCAGAGUUUUAUUUGAAGGGGAAAUACAAGGCCGGCCCCACCACGGUCUGGCAGCUCGGCGCGCUGCUCUUUGAGCUGCUGGAUGGACACAAACAGUUUAUCACCUCCGAGUUCCUCCAGAGGAAAAUCAGCAUCAACAGUGAACUGUCCCAAGACUGCCACAAUUUGUUGCAGAUAAGUUUGGCCAUUAACCCGAGGCGUCGUGCCACCCUGCAGCAGAUGCAGCUGCACCCCUGGUUUAAGUAA